AUGUUGGAUCUCUGUGUCACCAUCAAAGGGGUGUCCUUCCUGUUGCAAACAGGGUUAGGGUUCCUGGGGAACACCCUGGUGCUGCUGGCCUACAUCCAGGUCGUCUACUCUGAGUACCGACUCCAGCCUGUGGACAUAAUUCUCUGCCACCUAGCCUUCGUUGACCUGCUGCUGCUCCUCACCCGCUGCGUCCCCCAGACUAUGACUGUGUUUGGCCUGCGUGACCUGCUUAAUGACCCGGGCUGCAAGGUGGUCAUCUACACCUACCGCAUCGCCCGGGCUCUGUCAGUGUGCAUCACCUGUAUGCUCAGUGUGUUCCAGGCAGUGACCAUCGCCCCUGCAGGUGGACCCUGUUUGUCCAGGCUUAAGGCCCGUCUUCCCAGGCUCAUCGUGCCCACCAUCGCAGGGCUGUGGCUCUUCAACAUGGCUAUAUGCUUCGCAGCUCCACUUUUCUCUAUUGCCCCUCGCAAUGGCACGGUGCCUGCCUUCACCCUGAACCUGGGCUUCUGCCAUGUGGACUUCAGGGACAGGCUGUCCUACAAGAUCAAUGGAGUGGUUGUCUCUACACGGGACUUUGUCUUUGUGGGGCUCAUGUUGUGGUCCAGUGGCUACAUCCUUCUCCUCCUCCACCGUCACAGCCGCCAGGUGAGAAGCAUCCGACGAUCAUCCCAGGGUGGAGGAGCUGAGACUAGGGCUGCCAAGACAGUGAUCACCCUGGUGGUGUUGUAUGUUGUAUUCUUCGGCAUAGACAAUAUCAUCUGGAUUUACAUGCUGACGGUAGAUAAGGUGUCUCCAGUGGUAGCUGACAUGAAGAUCUUCUUCUCCUCCUGUUAUGCCUGUCUCAGCCCCUUUUUCAUCAUCAGCUCCAAUAAGAAGGUCAAGAGUAAGUUGGUGUGCGUGGCAGCUGACCAAGAGCAGCCAUCAGUCGACACCCAGGACUCCAAUGACAAGAUGUAA